AUGAUUUCUAACCGUAGAGAUGUUCAUCCGAGCAAAAUCACUGGAAAGACGGCAUCUAAACUUCUAGCAGGGGAUUUCCUUAUCUCCAUUAAGAACCUCGACCAUUGUUGUCAUGUCCGUGAAACAAAUCAUAUGCUUGUUUUCGGAGACAUUGUACACCGGUUUGGCGGGUCUGACCAUGAAUUUCUUCAGUUUGUAGACGGAGUUGCGCCUCGUGCCGGAACAAACGAACUGGCCAUCAAUCUGGCCGAGAACUUGGAAGGUCUGGGACUGGGCAGAAGGAGCGUCAGCUCUGGAUGUCAUGGUAUCGGGAAUGUGGGAGGAUCUUUGCAUUUUUCGGAGCGGAGUGAGACCUGGGCUUCCCAGCCACAGUAUUUAAAGGAUUGUAGAGAAGGCGGCGUUGAAGAGAGGGUAGCGGUCAUUAAUAACGAAAUAAAGAAGAAGGAGAGGGCAAUGAAGCCGGAGAAGAGGAAUCGUAAUCGGUGCAUGUCGGAGUGGGAAAGGGAAUCAGUUGGAGAAGUGAGCGAAGGCGGAGAAGGAGGAAGGUUAGAAUGGGGCUCUAAACGGGCCGAAGCGAUGUGGGCUUCGUGA